CUGAAGGACCUGGCCAGUGUCGGGGCGGGGCGGAGUGUUCAGGAGCUGAGGGGAGGGCUUGUUGACUUUGGCUUCGUGCGCGAGUGAUUCGGGAGAGCAACUCUGCUCCGAACUCGAGUGGGACGCUGCAACUACAGGCUUCACGUGCCCGUCAAGGGCGCGGCGCCAUGCAGUGUGGUCGGAGUCUGGUGCGAUGGCAGCUGUAUUGCCGCUCCCGCCGGCGCGGCCUGCGUCUCCUGCUACUGACCUGCACAGCGGCUGUCUCACUGCUGGCACUGGCCGUCAUUGACCUGUCGGCGCCGGCCACCGCGCCCGGGGCAGGUCGGUGGCCUGACACUCAGCCGGUCAGCUGUGGUGGCCGCCGACGCCGCAACACGCCCGACAUUGACCUGACAGCCAUCUUCCCCACGCUCAACUUCACGGCUACGUGGACGAAGACGAAAACGUUCUGGAAUGGCCAGAUGGAGGAGCGGUUCAAAAAUAUGAAGAAAAAACCACGAUUUCCCCUCAAGAUCAUGGUGGUGCCACACAGCCAUAACGACCCGGGCUGGGGCUGGACCGUCAUGGACUACUACCGGACACGCACGCGUCACGUACUCGACUCGAUCGUGGCGAUGAUGCCCCAGCUGCCGCUGAUGCGCUUCAUGUGGACGGAAAUCACCUUCCUCCAGCUGUGGUGGAAUGAUGCGACGCCGGAGCAGAAGCGGACUUUCCGGGGCCUGGUGGAGUCAGGCCGACUGGAGAUCACCACCGGCGGCUGGGUCAUGACGGACGAGGCCGUCACCAGGAUGUACCCCAUGCUGGACCAGCUCACAGAGGGUCACCGCUGGCUGAGGCACCGCCUGAAUGUGACGGUGCGCACGGGCUGGUCGGUGGACCCGUUCGGCCACGGCUCGACGAUGCCGUACAUCCUACGACAAGCUGACAUCAAGCAGGCCGUCAUAAUGCGAACGCCGUACGUCUGGAAGGAGUAUUUGGCAGCGCACCAGAGCGGUGACUUCAUAUGGCAGCAGCAAUGGGACCAGGACGGCUCCACCUCACUUCUCACUCACCAUCAUCCCUACUUCAUGUACACAACCAGCGCCGCCUGCGGACCAUUUGGCGAAUCAUCGAAAAUGUGUUUCAACUUCGACUUUGCGCGCGACUGGUCCAACCCUGUCCCUUGGUACAACCAAUUCACCCAUGUGACGGAGGCAAAUAUUAAGGAGCGCGCGGAGCUUCUGGUGGACUCCGCGGGAAGGACAGCUUCGCUCUUCCCCCACAACGUGGCGCUGAUGAUGCUGGGCGCCGACUUCCAGUUCAAGCACGACUUCGAGUGGCGGGAGCAGUACUCCAACUACACAAAGCUCAUGGAAUACAUAAAUGGCCACCCUGAACUGAACGCGCACGUGCAGUUCGCCACGCCGGCCGAAUAUUUCCGAGUGGUGCGUCAGCGAACGCGUCGGCGGGGGCGGCUGCCGACGCUGGUCGGCGACUUCCAUGUGUAUUCUGACGUAUUCCAGGCCAAGCCCAAGUACUGGUCGGGCUACUACACGACGCUGCCCCACUGGAAGCGCGCGGCGCGCCAGUUGGAGGCGCAGCUGCGCGCCACCGAUAUCCUGUACGCCUGGACAUGGAACCAGCAGAUCACGCCCAAGUCUGUGGAGACGGUGAAGAACCCGUUUUACCACAGCUACAACAGACUAGUGAUGAGCCGUCAGGACGUAGCGCUUUUCAACCACCACGACGCCAUCACCGGUACGUCGUCGACGGACGUGAUGAAGGAUUUCAUCGAGCGGCUGGCCAUCAGCGAGAUGGACCUGUCGCGCGCCACUAUCAUGUGCUUCGCUUCACUGCUGCUGGAGCUGGGACUGCAGGACAAGGUGGUCGAGCUGUUCGCGCAGUACUCGCCACUGCAGCGCGGCCUAGGCAUGCCGCCCCAACUGGUAAAGUUCUCUGUGGAGCCGGGCUCGCGCCGUCGCCUCUUCCUCUAUAACCCGUUGGCGCAGGAGAGGACUGAGCACGUGCAGUUCCUGGUGACCGAGCCCAACAUAGCUGUCGAGGACGCCAGCGGACAGCGCGUGCUCGUGCAGUUGGAGCCGCAGGGAGAGGCGUUCCUAGCCCACUUCCUGGUGCACCUCCUUCCGCUGUCCAUCCAUGUGUUCAGCGUAAUCGGCGUGCGGUCGGAGGGCGAGGUGGCGCCGCCAGCCGCCAUCGCGCGCACCGGCGCCGACCUGGGGGACGCCUUCACCAUCAGCAACGCUCGCUUCCAGCUGUCCUUCAACGAGACCGGCUUUCUGUGGAGCGUGCGCGACCGGCGCGUGAAUCGUGAGCUGCCGCUGGCGAUCAGCUUCGGUGCGUUCGCGACCGUCGAGCGCGAGAGUGGCCUGUACCUGUUCGCGGCCAAGGACCAGCCGCCGAGACGGCUGCCGUGCGCCGGCCGCCGCUGGGCCGUGCGCGAGGACGCCGUGUCCUCCGAGGCGAGCGUGGACUGCGGCCGCGUGCGGCUGACCGUGCGUCUGCUCCACACGGACGCCCCACCCGGCCAGGCGGUGCACCUCGAGACCGAGACGCGCCUCUCACGCGACGACGACGAGACGGACGUCUUCAUGCACCUGCGCACAGGCGUGGCGUCGUGCGCGGCGCGCGGCUGCGGCUUCUUCGCCGACGCCAACGACUACCAAAUGGUGUGGCGGCCUUACGUGCCGGCGGCCGGAGUGGCCGGCAACGUGUACCCGGUGACGACACAGGCCAGCCUGCAGGACCACCGGCUGCGGCUCAGUCUCCUGAUGGACCACUCGCGCGGCGUCGCCAGCCUCAAGGAGGGUACGCUGACAGCCAUGCUGGACCGGCGCUCGCGCUUCGAUGACGACCGUGGCAUCGGCCAGGGCAACCAGGCCAACCGGCCGGUGCGGGCCUCCUUUUUGGUGACGUUCGAACACCUGCCCGAGCCGCCGGCUAGUGACGAGCUGUUCGCGAACGGGCCCCUGACUGCGGCACUCUCCCGCCAGCUCAACCAUCCGCCGCAGGUGCUGAUGGGUCGCGAGCCGCAGGCGCCGCGGGUUCGCCGUGCGCUGCAGCUGCUGGACGGCGCGCUGCCCUGCGACUGGGAGCUGGUCACGCUACGCCAGCUGCCCGAACGGCACCGUUACGAGUACCCGGGCCGGCGGCUGCAGCUGACGCUGCUACGGCGCCGCCUCGACUGCCGGCUGUGGCACGCCGAGGACGGCCUGCGCUGCCGGCCGGCCGCCACCCCCGGCGUCGAGUUCUCGCCGUUCAUUUCGUUAGAGAGUGUCGAGCCCGUGGGUCUGACGGGCGGCGAGCGCCCGGCGCCGGCCGAGCCACUGCGCGGGCUGCGCGACCUGCGACUCGAGCCCGACGAGCUGCGCACGUUCGAACUCAGCUACAGACGGCCCGGCCUCGAUAGCGUCGAGGAGAUGGACGAAGAGGAGGUGCACUUCGUCAAGGAACUCAACGGAGUUGGGUCGAAAGAGGCGGUCAGAUAG